AUGGGGUCCUUAUUUUCUCACAUUUUACCUGAACCCGUUUUGAUCCCGAUCUCACUCUAUGUUUCUAUAGAAUUUAUCAAAGUUGGACAAGUAUGGCUAAUUUCUCAAGAUAUGAAUAUGUACUAUGAGAAAAUCGACAAGCGGGUGCAAUGCAGAGCCCUGAAUAUCCCUGAGGAACUUGGCCAAAUACAGUAUAUAAUGUCGGAUAAGACAGGCACGCUUACGGAGAAUCAGGUAAAUUCGGAGGUUCUAGCAGGAGGUUAUCGUUGA